UUUUUAUCUUGCUUACUCAAGCAAUAAAAAUUGAAUGUUUGUGGAGUUGCCAACUUGAUUAGAUUCGUUUGUUUUAGCGCUAUAGUUUCUUUUAAGUUUUAAUCGAAACAUAAUUGUCCGGUAGUUAAAAUCUCCCAACAAUAACAUCUUUUCCUCAAUUAAAUCAACUUUUGCAGCUCAAGUUUUCGCAGAAUAAAACAGCAUCUUUAAAAGAAGACUCACAUGUACUUAAAUAAAAACUUUUCUUCAUAUUUCUGAUUGCUGUAACUGUGUUAUGGUCUUCCGUGCCGAAGCGAACUCAGAUUUUUAUUUGUUUGACGACUUUUGCAGCUCGGCAGUAAACUUCGCAAUUUUAUAAUAUUUUUUUUGUCGCUACAACAACAUUACUCAAUCUUUUGACAAUGGUUAGUAGGUAAUUGAAACAAGAGUGACAUCUCUUGGCGUCUUCAAAAUUGUUGUGUUAACAUUACAGAAAUUUUGAGGAUUGAAUAGUCGAGAGAUCAUAUGAAAAUAUUUCUCAUCGUGAAGUUAGUUAUAUAACCUAAAUGGUCGAUCGAUUUGUUCGAAAGCUUUGUAUUGCGCGUUGUCACGAGAAAACUAAGUAGUUACAGUCCUUGUCUAGAAAUAAAUCCAGAUCUAUUUUGACUAUUAGAGACUGAUAAGCACUACAAGUCGUAAAGCUAUCCUAGAAGUUUUGUAAAUUCUUGAAAGACUUUUGAUUUGAAAAAGACAUUCUUUUACUAAACAACACUUGUCAUAUUUUUAAAAUUCCGUUCUUUCGCCCAUUUCCCCGUUUCAAAGCAUUGAUUUUGUUCGUCUAUUGACUCAUACCUGUCGCCUAGAAAUUUUUUUAGCUGAUUUAGACUAAUUUGGCAAUUUUCGACAUAAUUGCUUUUGUUGUUAUUUUCGUUGCAGUUCCGUUGAUCAAAAGUGAGUCAGAUUUCGUCACCGUUAUGUACUGAUUCGCCCGUUUAAUGUUAUAUCUUAAGCGGCUUAAGAUCUUAUUUUCUACGAUUUUUAUGCGAAAUUGUGUCUUUGGAGCAAAUUUGUGCCUUGCUUUUGCAAGAGUAUUUCGCAUCUUAUUGCUGAAGUUUGAUUACCUUUUUCUUUCAUUUGUUGCGUGUUUCUUAAUUCCCCUUUACAUGUGUAUGUUUGAAUGUAUGUCUUUUAACUGUUUAGGAAGUCGCCUGCCUUAUAUGGGACUGCGCUGUCGACAAGUGAGUUUGCAGUUGUAGCUUGAGCUGUAGAGCUGUGGCAAUGUGACAGAAAAAGUAAUAAAAUAUAAAAUAUAAAACUGUUAAAAGUGUUACGAUGUCCAAAAAUUAGUUUCAGGGCAAACGUUAUGUAUGCACAUAGGUAUGUAUGCUUAUAUCCCUAUUGGUAAUGCUGUUGACAUGCUGCCAUGCCAUUCUCAAUAUAAAUAUGCAUAUACAUAUAUAUAUAUAUGUAUGUACAUAUACAUAUAAUAUAAAACGUAUGAAUUUUGAAUUUUAAUUUCCAUUUAAUGCUAGUAAUUUUAUUUAAGUAUAAUUUUUUUUAUUUGCGCCCAAAAAUUUCUCAUUUCUGCUUCAUUCUGCUGCUAUAUUUUUAUUGCUCUGCUAUUUCCCAUAGUAAUAAUAUAUAUUUAUGGAAAUUGCCGAAACAUUAAUCGUAUAUUUCGUAUUAUGUCUUCUUGUGUUAUUUACUUGUGGGUCUUUGCACUGUUCCUCUUCUGCGUUAUUUAUAUGUGCGAUUUCCUGUUGUUCUUAUUCUUUUGCCAUUAUAAGGAAGUGCUAAUGUGUAUAAAUUAUUUACUUUUAAUGAGAAGAGGUUAUAUUAAAAUUCAUACAUUUAUUGUACCAAAACUAAUUCUCUUCGUUUUUAAGACUGUUAACCCCUAACAGAACAUUUUUUGUAUAACACUAUACUUGUAUGUAUAUUAAAAUUAGUUUAGUGUCAAACAGUGGUAUUUGUGUUAUGACCAAUCAUCGUUGGUAUUAAUAAAUAUAGGUGAGACUUCAGUAUAUUAUAUUUUCCUGGUUUUCUCUUGGUCUUGUAUCUCACCAUAGACAGACAUAAUCGACGUUUCUACGUGACAAUUGGUUAAAUUUAAAUACUUUUUGUCUCGGCACAAAAUAAUAACAAUUAUGAUCCACUAGUGAAAUGUAUUCGUGCUCUAAUUGUAAAUUUUCUCGCGUAAGGAAUAAUUUCCCGGCUGUUUUGGGAACCUGCAGCUCAUAUAAUUCGUUAUAAUCGUAUUAAGACAACAUUGGAACAGCCAAGAAAUUGUAUAAGAAAUUUCCAGAGUUUACAUUUUGUUUUUGCCGAGUUGUAAUUUCAUCCCAUCGAGCUAUAAUAUAGAUACAAUUUUGUUUUAUUUUGUUGCAUCGAAGCAAGAAUACCCUUUGAUCGUACAGUUAUAUAAAGUGAUUCGAACUGAAAAAUAUUUUCGAAGAUUUUAGCGUUGCCUUGGGCAAUAUUCUACGCUAAAUUUGGUGAAGAUGUCUUGUCAAAUAAAAAUGUUUUCUAUACAUAGAUUUUUUUGUUUUUGAUCGUUCAGUUUAUCUGACAGCUAUAUGCCAUAUUGGUUUGUUAUCGGUGGUUCCGACAAAUAAGCAGCUUAGAGAGAAAAGGAUAUGUGCAAAAUUUCAGAUCGAUAUCGGGAGUAGUUCGGAUAUAUACAGACGGACAGACCGACAUGCGGACCAAACAGCUUGCUUCAACUCGUCAAGCUGAUCGCUUAUAUAUAAUAUAUACAUAUUUUAAAGGGUCUCUGACGUUUGCUUCUGAAUGUUAUAAACUUCGUAGCAAAUUUAAUAUGCGCUGUUUAUGGUAUAAAAACGAAGUUGGUUUAGAAACUGGUCUUAGAUAUAAGUAUGUAUGUAUACUGGAAUAUUAUUUUAUGUGACUAAAAUAGCAGUUUUUUGGGAGGAUAUACCAUAAAUAUGUGUUUUUUCAAAACUCGACUCAAUGAAACUAAUAAUUGUAUUAGAUUAAGGCCGAUUAAUCGAUCAUAGAACACAGGUUCUUUCAAAUAAAAUAUGAUAAUUUCUAGUAUAAAUUUUGCUUUUAAAAAUAACAAUGUAAAUACACUUGAUUUAUUGAAAGUAAUUUGUGCGAAAUGAAGUAAUUUCUGCUGUGUAGUGUGAACACCGCAUAACAAACGCCACCGGCUGUAAUGCAAUAUACUUGUAGGAGACACAGGUGGUUGUGUUGGAUGAGAGGAAACAAUGACGAAAUUUUUGACAUUGUCUUAAUUAUGACUAGAAUUUCCUAGAAACUCUUUGCUCAUAUUUUCAUUAGUCAAUAAACUAAAAAUAAAAUUUGCAUAUGUAAAAUUUAUUUCAAAAAGUAUAAAUCACAUUUCUGGAUGUAAUUCUACGUAUGUAUAUACAUGGCUGCCGUAUAUGGCCCCUAUAUGCUGUGGUGUGGAUAUGUGCAAAUGCGGCAAGGUGCGAACGUGAUUAUUCGAUUGGCUUAGUCAGAAGUUUAUUGAUUGAAUUUGCACCUAUGUAUAUACUUACGUACACACAAAUGUACCGUUGUAUGUUUAUCGUGCUGUCUCGAUGUUCUCCGUAUCAGUGCUGCAGAGUUUUAAUCCGAUUUGUUGGCAUAUUGCACUCUUCUAUUUUUAUGAUUUGUAUUUUUGAUUUUUUUUUUUACGUCGACAAGACGCAUUUUUGUUUUUGUUGUUGUUGUUGUGUUUUUUUGGUGCUGAUGUCACUAUCAUUGUUUGCACGAUAAAAGCAGAUUUGCGAAAUGUUUGCUUAUCGCUGCACAGUUGUGUUUUGCUGAGGGGGUGGUGGAGGUUGUGUGAAUAAGUGAAUAUUUACGGUAGACAAAUCGAAUUUUGAGCGCGAUAAGAGAUAAUUGAGGCUUUGUUUAAGCCGCCAUACGUCUUGACGAGGCACCCGCAAAAAUCAAUCACAUCAAAGACCAACAGGAGCAGUGCGAAGUGAAGCUGGAGAAGGAGCGCGACUCGCUUGCCGCACUCAUGUUCGAGUUGAUCACCAAAGAGGACGUCAUAGUCCAAUGCAUACGCGACUAUGUGCUAUACCAGCGUAAUUAUCACGAGCGUGCACUGCAGAAGGUCAACUCUUCGCUCGCCUCCAUACAGGAUAUUAUACAAUCGACAGUGAAAUCACGUUUCGGCACCUCACUAACCGAGCAUCUGGAGUCGACAAAUCGUGAGAUAUCCCACAUAUUAGAGCUCUGCAUUUGCUGUCUCAUCGAGAACGGACUCUAUGAGGAGGGUUUGCUGCGUGUGGGUUGUGCAAGCACAAAAUUGCGACGCAUGAAACAUGCGCUCGAAGCACAAUAUGUGAAAACUCCAUUGCCGGUGGAGUAUCAGGACCCGCAUGUGAUUGGUUCGAUACUCAAGUUGUAUUUGCGUGAAUUGCCCGAACCGUUACUCACCUAUAAAUACUACACAGACUUUAUUAGCGCGACAGAAUGUGGCAGUGAAGCGGAGCGGAAGGCCGCCAUUAAGGCGACACUGGCCAAAUUGCCCGCGUCGAAUUAUGCAAAUUUACGCUAUCUGACACGUUUCCUCUGGCUGGUCACACAGAAUGUUGACCAGAACAAGAUGAGCUCGCAGAAUGUGGCUAUUGUUAUGUCGCCGAAUAUGUUGUGGCCGCGUUUGGAUAAAAGCAAUCCGGCCGACUACCUGGGGCAGGUGAACAGUUCAUCGGCUGUGAAUGUGAUUGUUGAACUGUUGAUUAGUCAGUGGGAUUAUUUUUUCGAAGGAGAUGUAGAUUUUUUUGUGACGUUGUCGCGCAAUAAACUCUUUGUGGAAGGUAAAAGCAAAUCUGGCUCGUCCAACGAAAAUUUGGAUCGGCAUGACACGGAUUCUCUUGAGAGUCCACGUUACGGUACCAUUCGUCGCCAAAAAGCUUGCGCGCCUUCACCGCCAAGUGCCGCCAAAGCUGUGGAGAAAAUACACACCACUCACGAGUCACACCGAAACGGCGUUAAAGAGCUCUUCCCAUAUACAGCUACAUCGACAAUAACAACUGCAAUAGCACCCGCCACAACGACAGCUAAUAAUAACAACAAUUACAAUAAUAACAAUAAUGGUAAUAACAGUAAUAGCGCAGAGAAGCCCGAAAAACCGCCAUUACCAAAGCUGCCAAAUUUGCAACAGCCACUGACACAGCAAAUGCCACCACCAGAGCCACCACAAUCGGCCAAGCCGGUACCCAUGACACGUACACAAUUUUUCGGUUUGGAUAACUUACCCUCACCGGUAGCGGAUCGCAAGAGCACUGAGAGCAUAGGAUCGCUGGUAUUCAAGCCAGAUUUGCCACAAAAACCAAAGAUACCCAAACGCCCAAUGGUGCUGAGCCUAAGCGGCGGCGGUGGCAAGAGUGAUGAUGAGACAACACCGACGCUGGCUCAAGCCAACGAAACUGGCAAUGGCAGUGUUGGCGCUAACGGUGUUAACAGUAUAGUUGUCGGUGGAGGCGGUAUAGUCUCACGCACCACUGAGAAGUUCAUCGAGAAACUACGCAGCGACAAUUGUGAUAACGGAGCAGCAACAGCAAUGCGUGAAAAUCAACACAAUCAACGGCUUCUCAGUGCGGAGCAGAAUGCGAAUAUAAACAGCGCUGCUGGCGUCGGUAGCCAAAGUAACAGCAACAGCAAUAGAAACAGCAUUGUCAGUGUCUACAGCUUCGGUGGUGGUCAUUCGCGUUCCAAUUCGAAUGCGAAUGCCAAUACUUUUGCACCACUACAGCUACAACAACAACACCAACAGCAGCAGCAGCAACAAUCGGAAACGACAACGCUUGCUACUGCGUCGUCGACAGCGGCAACAGCGUCGGUGUCGGCAACGUCAACGGUGAGCACGGCACAAGCGCAGACACAGACACCGGCGCCGAUAACACGCAACACACCCACAACACCCGUUUCGCCGCAUAUGAUAUUGACAAAGCGGCCCACGGUGCCAGCGCCACCACCUCCCUCGGUGGUGAAAAAGCAAUCAGAUUAAGUGCGCUCAUAACGGCGUUGCGUUGUAAGCAUUUGUAGUUGUUUGUCGCGCACACACGCACACUGACUUAUGUGUAUGCACACACAAACACAUACACACACACACAUGAAGACACACUAGUAGAGAACUAAGCUGUAAGAAAUGUAGCAAUUUGUAUUGUAAAUAAGGCGCUGCGUUUGCUUUGGCAGUGCAAAAAAUGUUGAAACUGUGUAACGGUGAAAUGUGUUCGAGUUCGAAACAAACAAACAAACAGACCUACGAGUAUUUUUCUAAUAAAAAUUGUAUUUUGCCUAAAUUACAUGUAUGUGUAUGUAUGCAUUUUUGCUAUAUAUUUGCAGUAAACAUGAGAUAUUAUUUUAUGUGGAAAGGCGUAAGGAAAAUAUUGCAACGCAGCAAAAAAUAUUUGUUUGUUCGCGCUUUCUUAAAGUUGUGUAUUAUUUUGUUCUUUUUCUUUUAUAUUAAUUAUUUUUAUUUUUAACAAUUUAUUUACUUCUAACAUAAUACGCACUUUAUUUAUUAUAUAAUAAAAAAAAUAUUUAACUUUCCAACUCUUGUUGCAUGGUUACCAUAUGUAUACAACUUUUUAUUAGGAUUCCUUUACCAAAAAAAAAAAAGAUAAAUAAAAUAAUUUUAAAUUCUUUCUAAUAAAAAAUUGCAUAAAAGAUUUAUAAAAUUUGUAUUUAAUAUUUUAAUUUUUUUAAAUUUUAUUCACAAAUUUAAUUGUGUUUUUUUUAAAUACUUUAAUGCUACUCCUCAUGAGUGUAACUAAAUAAACACAACUGUUCUUAUUCAGUGAACGACUUCUAUGCAAUUCAAAAAAAUAUGUAUUUGUAAAAUUUUAACUUUUUUGAAACAUUUGUUGUUUUAUUUUUUAAAGAGUCUCCUAAAUAAUAAAAAACUGUUAUUUAUUUGUAAAAUAAAAAAAAAACAUAUUAACAUAAUUUUUAACUAAAGGCAAGAAAAUUUUGUUGAAAAUUAGUUUUUAUAAAUAAUGUGUUAAGAGUGGUGUCAUUACAAAAAAAAUAUGUUAUUUUACAACAAUAAUAAAACAAUCAGCUUACAACAAUAUGUCCAUUUGUCUGUCGGAAAAAAGGAUUUAUUGUACAACAAAACUUUUUAGAUCUCUUAAUGCUUUAUGAAAAUAUUAUAUUUGCAACUAACUGCUUUGUGUUUGCUGUUCAUUCUUUUACGAAGAGAGCAAUUCCUUCAUUUUUACAAAUGUCGUGUUCGCGGGAAAAAUAAAAUGUCUUUUAAAAGUUAUGUAAUUAAAAAUGUUUGCCACAUAUUGUAUAAAAAAAAUCCAGUUUUGAGCAUAUUCGAUAUUGAAAAAUAAUUUCCCGUAAAUAAUUUUUGUUUGUUUUUAAUGUUUCAUAAAAAAAACAUUAGCUCAAAAAGUCUUAAAAAAAUAUAAUAUUUGAUUUUAAUUCAUAAAUAAUAUAAUUUUAAAAAUUAUUACCGCAGUAAAUUAUUUUGUGUAACAUCGUAUAUUAUAAAAUUGCAUAACUAUGCACAGAGGAUUUCUUCAUCCUUUUUACACGGCUAACAGAGAUAAACAAUUUUGGUGCAACUUAAAAACUUUAUAAAAUAUUGCUUAUCCGAAAUCAUUUAAUAAUACAAUGCCGUGGAAACGUGUCAAAAGUUCUUAUAUUUCUUUUGUAAAUGUUCAACCGGAAAUUAUUACCAGUUUAAAACCAGUAAAACUUCAAAUCUGGUUUCGAGCAUGUAUAGUAAAAUAUUAUAUCUAGCUCUCUAUUAAAUUAAUAACAAUAAAUAUUUUAUUACCGUUUAAUAUGCGUAAAUGCGCUCUAAAAAUAAAAUGUAUAGGUACCAAAGCACUGUAAUCAACAAAUUAUGUAUUAUAUAACCUCACUUUAUCUUCUUUAAAGUCUUUUUUUUUUUAGUUGAAACAUUAUUUUUUAUAAAAAGUAAGUUAUUAUUACACUUGGUUCGGCUUAAAAAAGCUUCUAAAAAUAUUUUGCUCUUGAUAAAUAUUUUUGGUUUUUACUUGAACAUUAAAUUGGAAUUGGCUUAAAAUAUUAAAUACUAAAGUUAGUAAUUUAAAUUAAAUUUUGUUAAGUUCUGAUAACUGUCUAAUAUUGUCACAGAUUAAAUGCAAGCAUAUCGAAGAGAAAAGCUAUUUCUUCCAUAUUUGUAAAACAAGGAAAAAACAAAUUCAGUAAAUCUAUAUUGCUAAUAAAAUAUGUAAUUUAAGUUAAAAAAAAAACACAAAAAAAUGAUUUAACACAAAUAUAUAUAAAGAAAAAAUUUUACAUAGAAAAAUAUUUUUAAAUAUAAAAAAAUAUUUAAAAAAUAAUAAAUAUUAAAAGCAAAAACAUGGUACACUUUUUUUAGUACGCAAAAAAUAUUAAUUUAAGAAAAUUUGCAAAUAUUUUUUAUUUAAUCUAACUUUCAUUGACGAAACUAUGUGAGGAAGAAAUUAAACAAAUUUAUAAAAUCUUUAAUUACUGAUUGUGUUAUUUAACUGCUUUUUACGUGCUGUAUUAUUAUUAAUAUUAUUAUUUUUUAUUUUUAAUAUUAUUAAUUAUUAUUAUUAAUAUUAUUAUUUAUUAUUAUUAAUAUUAUUAUUUAUUAUUAUUAAAAUAAUUAAUCACUUACUAUUAUUAUUUUAUCUAUAUUAUUUUAUUUCGAAAAUCUACAAAAUAUUUCCCCUACACAGUUUCAACUACGCCUCAAGCUAGCAAUGGUAGUAAAAAAUAAACAUAUAUAUAUAUAUAUAUAUGAUAUGUAUGAAAAAAUGUAUGAAUACCUCCACGAAAAUAGCACAGCUCAGGUGAAAUGAACUCAGUCGACAAUCGAUGAUGUUUGUAAAAGUUGGAAGUGCGCAAGUUUUAUUGCGUCGAUAAAAUGCUUUCAUUAUGCAACAAUUAAAACGCACGCAAAAGAUAAACUACUCAAGUGGAUGGUUGUAGAGAGUUAAAGAAAAAAUACAUAAAAUAUAUGAGUAUUGUUAGAGAAAUAAAACUUAUGUAAUUUAAAAGACAAAUAUGACACGAAACAAGAAUACACGACGCACAAGAAUGAUAAACUACAAAUUGUAUGUAUGUCUCAAUGCGCUAAAUUGCUGUAAAAUAUUUAUAAAAUGUGUGUAUGUGUGCAAUGCUUACCAAAAGUUGCGCAUAAUUAGUGGCAUAACAAGUCUGGCGCAAUCUGUUUGUGCGCAUGCGUGUGUGUUUGCUAUUAUCCUUUAGGCUGAGUAAGCUGCUAUUCUAAAUUUAUACUGCAUAUCGUCUAUAUAUAACUACUAUAAUUAGUUUAACUUAUGUAAUUGUUUAGCAGCAAAACAGAAAAAUUAAUUUUGCGCAAGAGCAAUAUAUAUAUAUAUAUAUAUAUAUAUAUCUCCUAUAUACAAUAUGUAGAAUUGCAGAAAUAAAAGUAAUUUGCUACUUAGUUCGCAGUUCAGGUGCAUUUGUUGUUAAAUUAAUUUAUAUAUAUAUAUUUAUAAAAAAAAUUAAUACAUAACUUGCAGCUGUGUGUUUAAAAAAGUUAAACUAAGUAACUCAACUUGUAAUGCAUAUUUUAUAUGCAUAGUACUUUACAUGCAUAUAUGUAUGUCUGCAUAGACGUCUAUGUUGGUUCAAAUGUAAUUGUAUAGUAUGGUAAUUGAAAUCAUAACCUCAAAAUGUAUUGUAUGCUUCUGCAGCGCGCAAUUGCAUAGCAGGAAUAUUGUUUUGUUUUUGGUGUUUUUGUAAGCAUUUGCAUUUGCAAUGUCCUCGACAUUGUGUUGUAGUUGUUGCCAUUGGCAAAAUUGUAUGCACUGGUGCGCCUGCGGCUCUUCUCAUAUCUUAUAUGAGUGGACUGCUUUGAGAAGUGGUAUAUUUGAAAUAUUAUUUUAAGGAGAAUAUUUAUUAUACAAUAUACCAUGUAUGGUAUAAAUGUAUGCAUGCAAUAAAUGUGACGACUAUACACAAUACAACACAAUUAAAUAUAACAUUACAUAAUUGAGCGCAAAAAGCAAAAUCAUACUAAUGUGUAGUUUCUAGAUUUGGCUCUGUAUACUGCAGUACAUGUAUAACAAUAAAAUAUAUUCUAUGUUUGUAAGAGGAAAAGUCAAACGCAACGGCAAAAUGUUAGUCAGCAAAGUAUUGUAUAUUGUCUUGCAAUUUCAUUUUGCAUGAACAAUUUUGCAGCUGUAUUACUAACAUACUCUUUAAAAAUUAUGCAAAUAAAAAAAUUAAAAUGCA